AUGGAUAAACUGGGAGACCACAAGUUUUGUGGAGAUCAAGAAUGCUCUACUGUCCUGUCUCUGGCCACUGCCUUGGAUGACUUCAUCGCUCCAGAUUGCAGAUUUAUUAACCUAAGAAAGGAGCAGAAGGUUUAUGUGUAUUCCAAACUUGUGCCAGAAGAGGGCGCUGGAGUCUUCUGGUCUGGGAGUGUGUAUAGUGAGAGGUAUGUUGAUCAGAUGGGAAUUGUUGGGUAUUUUCCAGCAACAGUGGUCAAUGAGACUCUGACGUUUGCAAAAGACACGGUUAAGAUGCCCACAACUGACAUGGAUUUCUACUGCCAGUAA